AUGAAAAUGCAUUAUGAGCAGCAGCAAUCAUAUAUACUCAUGCUUCUCCUCUCAGUUUUGACUGACCUGAUACGAACCAAUUUCGUGUUGACAGUACCAUCAUUUUCUCAUUUCUCUUCAAAAUAAAUCCAAAUUAAAAAAAAAUGGAAAAUCGCAUCUACUCUUCUUACAGCCCUACCAACUACAGAGUGGGUGGAGCAACAUCAACCUCCCCGACCCGAUACUACGACCCGGAUAGCAUGUUCCUUUCUCACUAUCGCCGCACCGCUGAAGCCGCCGCCGCUGCCUCCGCUCACCGCUACUCAUCUAUCUCCGACAUCGACAUUGCUCCGCCUGGUGUUGCUUCUAGAAUCUCCUCUUCCUCAACCGCUAACUACCUAUCUCAAACUUCCCCUUGGUCUUCCGCCUUCCCCGCCGCAAAUGCCGGCUCUCUUUCGCUUGACCUCAAUCGCUCUACCGACGCGCUCUACCAUCCAACCAUUUUGAGUACAAUUGGGCAAAACGAAGCUUGGUAUACUACAAACUCACUGACCAAGCGCCCUAGAUACGAAACUGGAAGCACUUUGCCUAUUUAUCCACAGAGGCCAGGAGAGAAGGAUUGUUCCCACUAUAUGCUAACAAGAACCUGUAAAUUUGGAGAGAGCUGCAAGUUUGACCAUCCUAUUUGGGUUCCUGAGGGUGGAAUCCCAGAUUGGAAAGAGGUUCCAAAUAUUGUUCCAAGUGAAAUUCUUCCCGAGAGACCAGGAGAACCAGAUUGUCCGUACUUUCUGAAAACUAAAAAAUGCAAGUUUGGUUCACGGUGCAAAUUUAAUCAUCCAAAUGUUCCCUCUGAAAAUGCUGAUGUUUCUGGCUUACCCGAGAGGCCUCUAGAGACCCCUUGUGCGUUCUACUUGAAAACUGGAUUAUGUAAGUAUGGUGCUGCGUGCAAAUUCCAUCACCCCAAAGAUAUCCAGAUUCAGGUAUCUGAUGAAUUGAGCCAUACCGUUGAGCAAACUCAAACGAAUUCUGUGUUGGACGGUGCAACAGGAGAUUCACAACCAAUUAAUCCUCUUAUACCUCCGCUGUUGCAUAAUAGCAAAGGGCUUCCUGUGAGACUGGGGGAAGUGGAUUGUCCAUUCUACAUGAAAACUGGAAGUUGCAAGUUUGGUGCCACUUGCCGCUACAAUCAUCCUGCCAUGAAUGCAAUUAAUCCAACUAUUUCUACAUUGGCUCCUUCUGUUUUGGCAUCUUCAGCAGCUAAUCUUAACAUUGGAGUUAUUAAUCCAGCUGCAUGUCUUUAUCAAGCUUUUGACCCCAGGCUGUCAAACCCAGUGUCUCAGGUGGGAACAACACAGACUGUCUUUCCUCAGCGCCCUGGACAGAUUGAAUGUGAUUAUUAUAUGAAAACUGGCAUAUGUAAAUAUGGGGAAAGAUGCAAGUACCAUCACCCACUCGACCGCGCAACACCAUCAAUGUCAAAACUGCAAUCAACUGUUAAACUCACUCCUGCAGGAUUACCAAGAAGAGAGAAGGGUGUUGAGAUCUGCCCAUACUAUUUGAAAACUGGAACGUGCAAGUUUGGUGUAACCUGUAAGUUUGACCAUCCACCACCAGGUGAAGUGAUGGAGAUGGCUAAGUCAUCACAAGGAACUUCUACAAACAAUGGAGGAGAAACAGAUACUAAUGAAAAUGUGCUUGGUUCUGAUCCAGAAGAAGAUCAUGCUUGAAAUUUCACUCUAUUUUUCGAGUCUUUUUCACCUUUAUUUUUUCAUAUCAUGACUGGAGAAGAUCUGUUUUAUUUCCUCUUAUGGUAAAUUUCUCUGUAUUGGUACUAUUGUUUAUUAAAUGGUUAUGACCUAUGAAAAUUAUGUUCAACGAUAACUUUUGACUUUAAUAAUCUAACUUUUAUAAUCGUUAAUGUAAAUUUAGACUAGUUUUUUUAUU